CCUGCGCAGAGCUUGGGCCGCCAUGUUGGAGCUGGAUGACGCGGUGAGCUUCGUAUGUUUCUAAACACUCGUCUUCACGCCGUCUCCUCCGUGCUGGAGUCCGUCUGAAACGAGCGGAGCCCCGAACGGUGGAGCCCACGAUGAACGCCAGCGGGGACCUGUCGCGGCGGAACCCGCAGGAGGACUUCGAGCUGAUCCAGAGGAUCGGCAGCGGGACCUACGGCGAUGUGUACAAGGCUCGUAACGUCAACACAGGGGAGCUGGCUGCCAUCAAGGUCAUCAAGCUGGAACCUGGGGAGGACUUUGCGGUGGUCCAGCAGGAGAUCAUCAUGAUGAAGGAUUGUAAACACUCCAACAUCGUGGCAUACUUCGGCAGCUACCUGCGGAGAGAUAAGUUAUGGAUCAGUAUGGAGUACUGUGGAGGAGGAUCGCUACAGGACAUCUAUCAUGUAACGGGACCUCUCUCGGAGUCCCAGAUCGCCUACAUGUCCCGAGAGACCCUGCAAGGUCUUUAUUAUUUACACAACAAAGGCAAAAUGCACCGAGACAUAAAGGGAGCCAACAUCUUACUAACGGACAACGGAUACGUCAAAUUAGCCGACUUCGGGGUCUCUGCACAGAUCACAGCUACUCUGGCCAAGAGGAAGUCCUUCAUUGGAACGCCCUACUGGAUGGCCCCCGAGGUGGCGGCGGUAGAGAGGAAGGGGGGCUACAACCAGCUGUGUGACAUCUGGGCGGUGGGCAUCACGGCCAUAGAGCUUGCCGAGCUGCAGCCCCCCAUGUUCGACCUGCACCCAAUGAGGGCUCUCUUCCUGAUGACCAAGAGUAACUUCCAGCCACCCAAGCUCAAAGACAAGGUGAAGUGGACUAAUAAUUUCCACCAGUUUGUUAAACUCUCGCUGACUAAGAAUACGAAGAAGAGACCGACGGCUGAGAAGCUCCUGCAGCACCCCUUUGUGUCCCAGCCCCUGAGUCGAACCCUGGCCGUGGACCUGCUGGACCGCGCCUCCAACCCCGACCACAGCGCCUUCCCCGACCUGGAGGACGAGGACCCCGAGCCCGAGUCUCCAGUGUCCGUCCCGCACCGCAUCCGCUCCACCAGCAGGGGCACUAGAGAGGAGAAGACGCUGUCAGAGAUCAACUUUGGUCAGGUGAAGUUUGAUCCUCCGUUGAGGAAGGAGACUGAGCCGCACCACGAAGCGCAAGCCUCAGAGCCUUAUCUGGACUGUUUUGAGGAGCUCUACUAUACUGCAAGACCUAACCUGGACCUGAGGUCAGAGUACGGCCACGAGUCGCCAAGUCUGCUCAGCGGGAACAAGAGCCUUCUGAAGUCUGUUGAGGAGGAGCUACAGCAUAGGGGUCACAUGGCACACUUAGGGGAUGAUGAUGAUGAGGAUGAUGAUGGUGCUGAUGAUGAUGAAACUCACACCCACAAAUCAAGCACCAUCAUGAGGCCCAAGGUCCCGCCCCCACUGCCUCCCAAGCCCAAGUCCGUCUCCCAGCCGCCACCACAGCCGCUGCAGAAGCUCGACGACAGCCAAUCACACAGCGAGGACGACAGCGGAGGGGGCGGCACCAUCAAGCGCUGUCCAAUCCCGCUGAGCUCCAGCCCGGCCAAGCCAUCCAACGUCCCCCCGCGGCCCCCGCCCCCCCGGCUGCCCCCCCACCGCCGCAGUAGCCUAGGUAACGACAGCGCGGAGGGCGUGGCCGGCGACCUCAGCGCCCCGGGGGAUGAUGGGAGUUUUAGACAUUUCUGGGAGUGGCUCCACGCCCCUCAUACUGAGGAGGAGCUGGAAGAGGCCUGGGAGGUGCUGCAGGAGGUGAAGGAGGUGCAGGAGGAGGAGAAGGACGAGAGUAACGCUCUGAGCUCCUCCCAAAACGGAGAGAGAGAGGGUCCGUCGGAGAGACAGUCCACCAUGCCCCCCAGCGUACCGGCCCGCAAGGACAAGAAGGACACCCCGAAGCCGAUCAGCAACGGCCUCCCUCCAACCCCCAAAGUUCAUAUGGGGGCGUGUUUCUCUAAGGUGUUUAACGGCUGUCCUCUGAAGAUCCACUGUGCAACUUCCUGGAUCAACCCUGACACUAGAGACCAGUAUUUGAUAUUCGGGGCGGAGGAGGGCAUCUACACCCUCAACCUCAACGAGCUGCAUGAAACAUCCAUGGAGCAGUUGUUCCCCAGGAGAUGUACGUGGCUCUACGUCAUGAACAGCAGCCUGCUCUCCAUCUCUGGGAAGGCGUCCCAGCUGUACUCCCACAGCCUACCCGGUCUCUUCGACCACGCCCGCCACAUGCAGAAGCUCCCAGUGGCCAUCCCUACGCACAGGCUGCCCGACAAGAUGAUCCCCAGGAAGUUUGCGGUGACCAAUAAGAUUCCAGACACUAAAGGCUGCCAGAAGUGCUGCGUGGUGCGUAACCCCUACACCGGCCAUAAGUACCUGUGCGGGGCGUUCCAGUCCAGCAUCGUUCUGUUCGAGUGGGUCGACUCCAUGCAGAAGUUCAUGCUGAUCAAGAACAUGGACUUCCCCCUGCCCUGCCCCCUGGAGGUGUUCGACAUGCUGGUGGUCCCGGAGCACACCUACCCCCUGGUCUGUGUGGCCGUCAGCAAGGGCACCGAGGUGGGCCAGGUGGUCCGCUUCGGAACCGUCAACCCCAACGCCACCGCCUCCUGGUUCACAGAGUCCGACACGCCCCAGUCCUGCGUAAUCCACGUCACGCAGCUGGAGAGAGACACCAUCCUAGUCUGCCUGGACCGCUGUAUUAAGAUCGUGAAUCUUCAAGGGAGGCUGAAGUCCAGCAGGAAGCUCUCAGCAGAGCUCACCUUCAACUUCCAGAUCGAAGCCAUAGUGUGUUUACAGGACAGUGUGCUGGCCUUCUGGAGACACGGCAUGCAGGGGCGGAGCUUCAAGACCAAUGAGAUCACCCAGGAGAUCUCUGACAGCACGCGCAUCUUCAGACUGUUGGGCUCAGACAGAAGCCUGGAAUGGCGCAACCCAGAGCCGGGGGAGCACAGCGCACGGGCCAGGGUGGUGGUGUUGGAGAGCCGGCCGACAGACAACCCCACGGCCCACAGCAAUCUCUACAUCCUUGCCGGCCACGAGAACAGCUACUGACGCACACACACACUAACACACUCACAGACAAACACUCUCUCACACACACACACACAACCCCCCCGGGGGCCUGAGAAGCAGCUGGCGGCGUGAACGGACGGUCCGAGGCAGGAUGAACUCAGUCCACCCUCCUGCAAGGCAUCCUGGGAAAUCAUCCUCUGCUUUACGACCCUGCAAAGCAUCCUGGGAAACCAAGUCCACCAUCAAAGCUAUUUCUGCUACGGCUACCGCUAGCGCUGCUACGGCUAAUACAAUUACUGCUACUGCUUGCGCUCCACAGACGUUCCCUGCUCCUCUUUCAUUCCUCCCCCGCUCCACCGGUGGGUCCCUCGGAGCCUCCUGCUAGCCGCCGCGCCGCGCUAACCCGACCUAUUUAAUGGAUGUGAAUAGAUACCAGAUAAGGAACACUAAGUAACUCUGGAGAUAGUCGCCUUCUCUCCAGCGCUGACAGACAGACAGACAGGUAGGCUGACAGGCAGACAGGUAGGCUGACAGGCAGGUAGGCUGACAGGCAGACAGGUAGGCUGACAGGCAGACAGGCUGACAGACAGACAGGCUGACAGACAGACAGACCGACCGGGGGGGCCAUCACUUCCGGAUUCAGGCAGAGCUUCUCUUUGCCAUGGUAACGGGUAGGCUGUGAUGCGAUGCUCAAGAUCCUGAUGCAACGUGAUGACAUCAUACAGGAAGUGAUGUUGUGCAGCUCAUGGUCUGGCUGGGCCAACAGGAAGUAAGCACUGAUUGGUCAUCUUCACUUUGCAUGCGUCACUGUUGUCAAUCCAUAUGUGGGCAUUGUUACCUCCUGGUUUGCGUCAUGGCGGCCGACAGAGGAUGUGUGUGUGUGUAUAUGUGUGUGUGUGUGUGUGUGUGUGUGUGUGAUUGUGUGUGUGGGGGUAUUUAUGUGAAUCAUCAUGAGCAACACUUUUAUUUUUUAAUCACCAUUUUAAUACUUCGCCUCGCGUCAGAUUUUAUGUUUUUUUAAGACAUUGGAACGAUUGCUGGUCACACGUAAAGUGGUGAGGAGCAAAUGUUGUCUAUAUAAUAUAUGAAGAGGUGUGUAUGCACAGGAUGCUGUGUGUGUGUGUGUGUGUGUGUGUGUGUGUGUGUGUGGACGAGGAAGGUGUGUGUCUGCCCUUGGCCUGCUGGGGGCGCCCCUGAGAGGUGGAACACCAGACCUCUGUCCCUAGAAGGACGUUGGGUCGAGGACCAACACUCCGCACUACUGAGGUGGAGGACGUAGUGAUUCACUGUCAGCGUGGGGUCGUGUGUAAACCCACCCCCCCACUGUCAGUGUGGGAUCAUGUUUAACACCCCCUUCCCCCCCCCCCCCCCCCCCCCCCCCCCCUCUGUCACCGUGGGGUUGUGGUUUAACACCCCCUCUGUCUGAUACCCGAUCACACAAACUCCCGUCACUAGACGUCCUUUCUUUGCUGGAGGUGUGACCUGGACUAAAUGGUCUCUACAUCUCUGACCUGUCAACCAGUAGUAGUAGCUGGUUAACCAGAUAACUAGUCAUCUGACCCACAUGGCUUAUUAGCUGGUUAGCCAGGUAACUAGUCAUCGGACCCACAUGGCUCGUUAACCAGGAACUAGCCAUUUGACCUCCAAGGCUUGUUUAGUGCUAAACGUUAAACAGCUAACUAACCAUGUGGGUCACAUCGCUAGUGCCUCGUUAACCAAUUAAUGAGCCAAAUGGGUCACAUGGCUUAUUAACAGAUAAUGAGCUAGACAAAGUGCUCAUUCUGCCUUGCUUAAUCCCAGAGCCUGCGUCUGUUAAUACUACAGUACAGACCGCAGUACAACCGCAGUACAGACCACAGCACUACUCAGCUCUAUCCUCAAAACACUAUCCAAUGUUUUUAUGAUGUCAUAACUCUCCGAUGUUUUCGUGUCAUAACACUCUCCCGAUCUUUUCAUGAUGUCAUAACACUCUUCCGGUGUUCUAAUGACGUCAUAACGCUCUCCCGAUGUAUUAAUGUUGCGAUGCACACAUUCUAAUCUGUACAUAGUGUAAAAUAAAAUCUGUUGGUUUUACAUAUUGUAUAAUUGCCUAUAUUUUGUUUGGGACAUGUAACCGACGGCAACGCUAACACAUUAAAGAGGAAACUAAGA